AUGAAGACCGCCGCCGUCUUCACCAUCCUCGCCGUCGGUGCCUCGGCUGCCGCUGUUGCGGAGGCCGAGGCCUACUGCCAGUCGGUCGGCCAGUCGUGUUACCAGGUCAAGCGCGCAGCUGAGGCGUUCGCCGAGGCCAUUGCCGACCUGGGCGCUCCGGAGGCUGGCAUAUCGCGCCGCUCGCUGUCCUUUGGCGGCGUGCACAACAACGCCAUUCGCGCCAUCGACGGCCUGGCCUCCAUCGUCGCAUCCACCCAGUACAACCCCCGGUCCUUCUACUCGGACCUGUCCCUCGAGUCCCACUUCCCCGUCCCCGUCGAGGAGCCCGUGACCAAGCGGGAGGCGGAGGCCGACGCCGACGCCGACGCACAAAGAUACUGUCCCCUGCCCGGCCAGCCGUGCUGGAAGAACAAGCGCGAGGCCGAAGCCGCGGCCGACGCCGAGGCCCAAAAGUACUGCCCCCUGAAAGGCCAGUCCUGCUGGAAGGCGCGCCGCGCCGCCGAGGCCGUCAUCAACGCCAUUGAGGGCGGUUCCGUCCAGAAGCGCGAGGCGGAGGCGGAUGCCGAGGCCCAAAAGUAUUGCCCCCUGAAGGGCCAGUCCUGCUGGAAGCGCAACGUCGGCACCCGCUGCUACGCCCCCGGCGGUGCCUGCGCCAACGCAAGCCGCGACCUGCACGCCAUCUACAACGCCGCCCGCUCCGUCAUUGAGAGCCUCCCAAAGGCAGAGUAA